CGGCAAAUUGCAAAUGGCGGCAAUGAAAAUCUAUAAAUAAAUAUCGCAUUUCGAAUCGUUACCACGUUUUUAGUUCAGCAAAAAUUGCGUUUGGCCGCGUUUUAAUCAAGUUUUCGCAAGUUUAAACAAAAAUCGGUUUAGGACAUUAAAAUUCCAGUUUUAAUUUGACCGCAUCAAUUUUUAAAUGCCAUUGCGCUAAGGGCAACAAAGGGACUUCAGUUACGAAAAAGAAAGAUGGUUACCACCCCGCCGCAGCAGUUCUGUGUCCGUUGGAACAGUUACCAAUCAAAUCUCCAAAACGCUUUUCCGAAACUCCUUACCUCCGAGCAUUUCGUCGACGUGACUCUGGCCUGCGAAAAUGAAAUGCUCAAGUGCCACAAGGUGGUCUUGUCGGCGUGCUCUACCUACUUCGAGAAGUUGCUGUUGGACAAUCCUUGCCAGCAUCCCAUCAUUUUUAUGAAGGACAUGAAAUUCAAUGAAAUGCAGUCGCUGGUUGACUUCAUGUACAAGGGCGAAGUGAACGUGACUCAGGACGAUUUGCCUUCGUUGCUGAAAUCGGCCGAGGCUUUGCAGAUCAGAGGCCUUUGCGGGUCCGAUCAGCUGCUUAAUCCGAACUAUUUCAGCUAUAUUAAGUCGAAUUCGACGUCGCAAUAUCCGCAAAACCAAUCGGCACCUUCUACUCCGAAAGUCGGUUCUCCCGUACCAUCGGAGAACAAACUACAGCCCAGCCAGGUACCAAUGAACAAAAACUGUGAUACGCCACUAAAGAAAGAAACGAAUCAAGUUACUGAAGGGUCCGAUAGUGGUAACAAUCCUUCUUCGUCAGAAUGCGAUUCAAACGACGGAAUGCUGCAAAUAAAAGAAGAAGAAGAAGUCGAAGUCGAUGAAACCUUUUACGAAGGUGAGGCCGAACUCAUGGACCAGGAAUUGACAGAAGAAGAAGGAACCAUCAAUACCAGUGUUAAAUCUGAAUUUUCACCAAUCGCCAACGUAUCUUGCCAGUACGACUCAUCACAAGGUUCCGCCACCAGACGAAUCCGCAGAUCGGACGAGGAGCUUCGAAGGGCAGCCGAAUGCAUCACCAGAGGACAAACGUUCCAAAACGUCAGCGACCAAUUCAACAUCCCUAUAUCGACCAUAAGGUUCUACAUGGCGCGGAAGGGCAUCCUGCCGAGACGCAAGCGGGGCAGGGCGUGCGCGGGCCCCAUGGGCGUCGGCGUGUCGGGCAUGCCCAUCACGACUACCUCGUACAAUUCACCCGCUAGUCCUAUCGGCCCUCCGUACCACAUCGUCCAUUAUAAAUUGCCGGCAUUGGGCGUUUCGAAGUUAAAAUAGGUAUAGGUCAUUAUUUUUGAUUUGGUAUUUUGAAGUACUUACACGGGAAGCCGGAAGAUUUCUUUACACUUAUUUUAGUUCCUUUUUUUUAUUUAGGAGAAUCUUUUAAAUGUACUCGAGCCAGAAACGGAUUCGGAGCUUCUUCGAAACCUACUUGUUAGUAGAAAAAAUGAGUAAUACUUGACGUAUCCGUAGAAUCUGUCUUCUGUGUAAGAUUUAAUAAUAGUUUUGAAUUUUUUUUGGUUCGAGUAGGUUCUUAUUGGUAGCAAAAAGUAUCGAUUCGGAAAAACAUUUUUGCCAGUAAGUUAUUUUUUUUAAGUUACGAAUCCCAGUAUUUCGAUUACCUGUCUAUAAUUAUUUGGAACGCAGAAACUUGAAUUCGAUUGGUACAAAAUGCAGUAUUUUAUUUAUUGUAAUAAUCGUGUAAAAAUGAAAUUGUAUUAGCGCGUUUUCGUUACAUAACGAAAAUAACGUAGUUUUUGCGAUUCCAAGUAAAAACGUUCGUAUUCGAAUGACUCGGUUUAUUCUUUUAUUAUUUAGUUUUAUUAAUUUUUGAUCUCGUUUAUGUUUUUUUUUCUCUCUUAUUUAUGUAUCGCUCUAUGGUAAGUGUGUAUUUUUUGCGCCAAAUAUUUCAUUGAUUUCUUUACGCAAUCUGACGAAUUGUCUUCUUGAAAAAAAAAAUAAUUAAGGAAAAAUUGUGUUAGAAAGAAUAAUUAAGUAGUACGUGAAAUUAGUGAAUAUACGGAUUCUGGUGAUUAAACGAAAUCAAGUGUUGUUUGUACAAUAUUUUUCUGAUAUUAUGACAUCUCAAAUUGAAACCAAUACUAGUCUAAAAUGGUAAUUUUUUUAUAUGUUUUUUUUAGUAUUUUUUUUGCAUUUUUGCAUUAGUUCUUAGUCAUGCUGCCAUUCGAUUAUAAUUUUUAGUUUACGUACAGGGUAAACGUGUUUGGUUUUUAACUGUUCAUUGCAGUGAUAUGCACGGUGUCAUUUAGUUCAAAAAUAAAAUAGAGUGGCUUCCAUAAUAUCGGGUUGAGCAAUAUGAAAAUCCCACCCUGCAGUUUUAGUUGUACGAAUUUUUUCGAACUAUUCUAUAAGUUUCAUAUUACUCGAUCUAAUAGUUGCCUUCUUCGACAAAUAUGUACCUACGCGUAUAUUUCAUGAUACUCAUUGUGUACUUAUGCUAAGGUUAAAGGACUGACUGAGUGGCAGCAUCAAUACUAGCGAUAUGACAAGUAAAAUAAUUUCAAAACUGUUGUAUCUUCGAGUGAAACACUUCGUUUGAUGAUGAUUUACGUUUGGGUCAUUGAUAAUUUAAAGCACAAACUCCGACUAUAUUUUUGGUACAUUUUUGAAAUUAUUUUGAAUCUCGAGUUAUAUACCUGAUUGUAGCGCUUAUUUUUUUAAGUAGUAUUUUUGUAUUUAUACCUGUGAACCGUUUCUUAACUCGAAACGUAAUAUUUUUGCCAGUGAUAGAUCAAUUUUUUUUAUUGUAAUUUGAUC